AUGGCGUCUUCGUCACUGACCAAUACAAGCCCUCGAUCUGUUACAAAGGAGCUGGGAAGGGUCGGCGAUGCGCCACCUGCCCCGGACUCGGGUGCCGACCUGGGAGAGGUCGACAACGCGCCACCUGUCUCAGACUCGGACGCCAACCCUGGAAAGGUUGGCGACUCUCCAUCUGUCCUGGACCUGGAGGCUGAUCCCUCCGACCCCGAAAUCAUGCAGAUCGACGCAAACCCAGCAGAGGGGCCUGACCCCCCGCCUGACUGGAGAGCCUCGUACCUCGACUACCUCAUCCGUGAGACGCUCCCGACGAACAAGACAGAGGCACACAGGAUUGCACGUCGCGCCAAAUCCUUUGUCACCAUCAACCAGGAGCUUUACAAGCGGAGCCACACCGGCAUCCUCCAGCGCUGCAUCCCGCUCGAGCAGGGAAAGGUGUUGAUACAGGGCAUCCACGCCGGGGCCUGCGGCCACCACGCCAUGCCAAGAACCCUCAUCGCGAACGCCUUCCGACAGGGAUUCUACUGGCCGACGGCAGUAGUCGACGCCACCCACGUGGUGCACACCUGCGAGGGGUGCCAAUUCUUCGCGCGCCAAACCCAUCUGCCCGCACAGACGCUCUAG